CUCUUUUUUUUUCCUUUCAUUAGAUGAUAUUCUACAAUUUUGCAUUCCUGUCAAGUUUAUUUGUACUAUCAACAGCUUAUAUUACAGAUAUUAAACUUAUCUCUUGUGAUAUUGACCACGCGUGUGCCAACUACCCAGGCUAUCGUAGAAUCCCAACAGAUCUCAACUUGGGUGUAAGUGGAGCAGAUACUGUCUAUCUUGACUAUAAGCAAGAUCCUCUAGAGGAUCCCAUAACAGAGUUAGCUAUAGUUCAGGGCAACAAUGAUACACAGCUUCCUCACCUUGCCAAAUGGACAAAACUCAAGGUAGACUUGAACCAACACGCAGGAGACGAGACUGCUUCUUUAUGGCUUUAUUACACAAAGGACAAGUCCAUUUCGAAAAACCCAGUGACGUCUAUUAUUGUUAAGCAAGGCACAAGUCCAUUAGUUUCAGCAGAAUAUAGACGCAUUCCUGUUGAUUUAAACAAAGAUGUAGGCGGAUAUCAUUUAUACAUGUACUAUAGUCAAGAUGGACCUAAAGACCCAAUUACAGCCAUUACAGCUAAACAAUGCUUCACAAGUAAUUGCUAUUUAGAUGGUUGGGAGCGAGUAGAGAAAGAUUUGAACAAAGGCAUCAUUGUUGGCAUGAGUGUGUAUUUGUUUUACAAAAGAAGUCGUACAGAAGAUCCAGUCACAGAUGUGAUAGUCUUGUUAAAUGACCAAACACCCCCUGAAGGCUAUACCAAAAUUGAUGUCAAUUUGAAUUCAAUUCUUCGAGGUGAUUCUAUUCAUGUAUGGUACAGAACAACACCUUCUAAUCCAGAUGUACUUCGUGAUGCUGUUCAAGAUUUGAGCAUUCAGUUUGGAAAGCAUUCUGUCACUCCUUUUGGUUGGCACAAGAUAGACGUGGAUUUGAAUAGUGAACAUGAAGGUAAAGACGGGUUUGGUGAACCCACUUUUCUGUAUGUCAAAAAGGGGUACACAGAAUUACCUAAAAUGGAGCCAUUGGCAUUUGAUCAGAGUGGUAAUUUCAAGAUUGUUCAAUUGGCUGAUUUGCACUUUACGAAUGAAGAAGGACACUGUGUUGAUGUACCUGUCAAUAUGGAAUGCCAUGGUGAUCAAACUACUUUGGACUAUAUAGCAACGUUGUUAGAUAAAGAAAAGCCAGAUUUGGUUGUGUUUUCUGGAGACAAUAUCAAUGGUGGAGGUGUGACUGAUGCUAGAGCUGCUUCAUUUAAAUUUGCUGAACCUGUUAUUCAAAGAAGAAUUCCUUGGGCUACUGUAUUUGGGAAUCAUGAUGAUGAAAAUGAUCUGACUCGAGAUGAGCUGUUGGAAGUGAUGAGAAGAAUGCCUUAUUCUUUAAUAGAACGUGGUCCAUUAGAUAUACCUGGUGUGGGUAAUUAUAUCUUGAAGAUCUAUACAAAUACAACUCAGGCUGCUACUCAUGAUUUUACACUGUAUUUUUUGGAUUCACAUUCAGUGUCUCAAGAAGAAGAAGAGGGUUAUGAUUUUAUUAAAUUAGAACAGUUGGAUUGGAUUACUCAGUCUGCUUCUAAGUUUCGAUCAUUGCCUUCUAAACCUAAUGCAGCUGCAUUCUUUCAUAUUCCUAUCUGGGAAUACCAUGAAGAAAGUAAUACAGUUAAAUUAGGAGAUGCAAGGGAAAGUGUAUCUAGUGCUCAAAAGAACAGCAUUUCUGCUUUUGAGGCAUUCAAGACAGCGGGCGAUAUUAAAUUUACUUCUUGUGGACAUGAUCAUGUGAAUGAUUACUGUUUAGAAAGAGACGCUAUUCACUUGUGUUAUGGAGGUGGAGCUGGUAUAGGUGGUUAUGGCGCUGAACAUUUAGGAUGGCAUCGUCGUGCUCGGAUAUAUGAUAUCAAUGAAUAUGGGUCUACCAUAAGAACAUGGAAGCGUGUCUUUUCUCAGGAACUACCCAUGAUUCAUUUUCAAACUAUUUUUUCUGCCUAAUGCAUAGACUUUAU